AUGUCUGGCUCAACGGCCCUCUGGAUAACAGCUCAAGCGGGUAUCUACACAGCCAGUGGCCUCGCUUUUGGACUGAAGCUGUACAAGGAUGGAAGGGCCAAUGUCGACCAAAAGUCGUUAGAGUAUACCUCAACAAAGACUACCUUCACUAUGCAUGUCGACAGCAAGGUUCAGAUGAGCAUUAAGUUCUUAUCGCCGGUCUAUUACGAUGACGUGCAACGGCAGUCUAUUACAUCGUCCUAUCUCGAGGUCUCUGUUAAGUCACUUGAUGAUCAGUCCCACAGCGUCCAAGUAUAUUGCGACGUUUCAGGAGAGUGGGCUUCCGGUGACAAUCGCGCCAUCAUUCAGUGGGAGAGCAAUUCCACAGAAAAGGUGCGCUACCAUAAGUUUUUUCGUCAAGAUCAGCAAGUUUUUAAGGACGUCAACGAGAUUGCUUCUUGGGGCAAUUGGUAUUGGGCAACUGGAGAUGAACCCGGUCUCAGCUUUCAAAUUGGAGUCGACACAGACGUGCGUGGACGUUUCCUGCGUGAGGGACGCCUUACGGGCGAAGUCGAUCCGAAGUUUCGAGCCGUCAACGACCAAUGGCCAGUCUUUGCCUAUGCACGCGACCUUGGCAAUGUUUCCAGAAACUGGACUAACACACUCUUCACUAUCGGCUACGCGCAAGAAGAUUCAAUUCUAUUUCAAGGCAAAGAAGAUCAGCCUAGGAGCAUCCCUUCUCUCUGGAAACAGUCCUUCAACGAGAACAAGCUCGUACCAUUUUUUUACAAAGACUAUCAGUUUGCAACCCAGCAUUCCGAUAGUCUUGAUAGCCGCAUCGCCCAAGACUCGAAAGCUGCCGCCAGCGAUAAGUAUACGGCUAUCACUAGCCUUGCCGUCCGCCAAGUCUUUGGCUCCUUUUGCUUUACAGGGAAUAAAACGCAGAUCCUUACCUUCGUGAAGGAGAUAAGCUCCAACAGCGACAUCCAGACAGUUGACGUUAUCUUCCCUGCUUUCCCGAUUCUACUAUACCUUAACCCAGAACUUAUCCGUUAUAUCCUCGACCCGCUCCUAGAGAAUACCCGGUCUCAUUACCCUAAUAACUACGCCCAGCAUGACCUUGGGCGAUAUCCUAUUGCUUUAGGUCACCCCAAAGGAGACGAUGAGCAAAUGCCUUUAGAAGAGUGCGGAAAUAUGAUAAUUAUGAUGCUAGCAUAUGCGCAAAGGAGGCAGGAUAAUAGCUAUCUCCGCGAGAACUGGGACAUGCUAGCAAAGUGGGCCCAAUUUCUGGUUCAAGACGCCAAGAUUCCUGCGAACCAGCUUUCUACUGACGAUUUUGCUGGCCAUCUCGCUAACCAAACCAACCUCGCGAUUAAGGGCAUUAUCGCCCUUGAAGCCAUGGCAAGGAUUGCAGCUCUAACGGAUCAUCAGAACUCAACCGCCAAUUACAGUACGACUGCACAUCAGUAUCUCGAUUUCUGGACGGAGCACGGCAUCGACUCUGAGGCCAAGUCUAAACACAGCAUGUUGCAAUACGACAAUCGCGACACACAUGGGCUGCUAUACAACUUAUUCUCGGAUAAGUUGCUCGGCCUCAACUUUGUUCCCCAGUCUAUCUAUGACAUGCAGAGUGACUUCUAUCUUGGCGAGCAAAAACGGUUCGGUGUGGACCUUGACACGCGCGGCACGCUCACAAAGCUUGAUUGGGAGAUGUUUGCUGCCGCUGUGGCUAGCAUGGAAACUUGUGGCAUGUUCAUCAACAAAAUUUCUGACUGGAUCGGCCGCACAAGCACGUGGCGCGCCUUCACCGAUCUUUACGAUACGGAAGGCGGGUGCUGUUUUCUCCCUGCUUGCAUUCAAUCGAACAACGGGCUGUUACGCAUCGAAAUCCUCCUCUAG